AUGUCAUUCGAAAGAGAUAAUGAAGGAGCCCCACUCGACACUUAUGGCGGCUUACACAUGCUUCAGCAGCAAUACUACAGCAAUCCAGCCGCAUCUGCAGCAAGACGUGCUGGAUCGCCGGCACCAUCGUCAUCGUCACCAGGCAGCUAUCCUUUUGCAAUGAGUAUGGCAAGAUACGGUGGUAGUGGUGGGACACCACCUGUUGUGAAGACUCCUGCUGGUAGCAACACGCAAGCACCAACAUCUUCAAGCAGCAUCAGUACCAAUGGGAGCUUGUUAUCGAAUGCGUCACCUCAUGUCGCUAGGCAGCUUACCUAUGCUCAGAUAUCUCGACAAUCAGCGUCACCACACCACCACGCACGUACAGCAGCUGCUAUGGCGCGUAAUGUCCCUGUGGGUGCUACAGUCACUAUCACGGAUCCAAACAACCCUAACAAGACGCUUAAUGGGAUCAUGGGCAGUGGUGGUAGCACCAACAGCUUUUCGUCCGAGAGUAGAACAGGCGCCAAAGCACCGACAGCAAACAGCAUUAGCAACAGCAACAACAACAAUGAAAACAACAACAACAAUGAUGCAUGGAGUACGCUUGAUAUGGGUGGAAUGGGUCUCAAGAAUAUCUCUCCUGCAUUGUGCAACUAUUACACCUUCUUGACGGUGCUUUACAUCAAUCACAACAAUCUCACUUAUUUGACACCCGGCAUAUCCAAGCUAUCCAAUCUACGCACGCUGGAUGCAUCAGGCAACAAGUUGACAGAGAUCCCUUCCGAACUUGGCAUGCUCAUCCAAUUACGAGAGUUACUUCUCUUUGACAACAAUAUCAUCACUCUGCCCACGGAGCUUGGUUCUCUCUAUCAGCUGGAGACUCUUGGUUUGGAAGGUAAUCCCAUUCAAGCGGACAUCAAGAACAUUUUAUUGCGUGAUGGAUCGGCUGCUGUCAUCAUGUCCCUUCGAGAGAGUGCACCAGUGGGUAUGCCUCCUCCACAGCGUGAAUGGAUUUCUAUUGAACACUCUACUUCAGGGGAUAAUGAUGAACGAUUCACCGUGCUUUGUUACAACAUUCUUUGUCAAAAGUAUGCGACCAAUCAAGCUUAUGGAUACACACCUUCUUGGGCAUUGUCGUGGGAUUAUCGAAAGUCGUUGAUCAUGUCCGAGAUCAUGACCUAUGGUCCCGAUGUUGUGUGUUUACAAGAAUUGAGCUUGCAGCAAUAUGAGGAAGUUUUCCAGAACGAGUUCCGUGAAAGAGGAGGCUAUGACAGUGUCUUUUAUCCCAAAUCGCGAGCCAAGACUAUGUCGGAGCAGGAGCGAGGUCAAGUGGAUGGAUGUGCUACGUUCUUCAGAGCAUCCAAGUUUGAGCUUGUUGAGGUGAAUUUGCUCGAGUACAAUCAAAAAGCGUUACAACGUGCCGAUUUCAAGAAAUGCGCCGAUAUCUACAAUCGUGUGAUGACCAAGGACAACAUUGCAGUGAUGACGCUUUUGCAGAACAAGGACACCAAGGAUCACGUGCUGGUAGCCAACUCUCACAUCCAUUGGGACCCAAGCUUUGCAGAUGUCAAAUUGGUGCAGGUGGGCAUGUUGAUGGAUGAAAUUGAGGCAUUUGCAUCCAAGCACACCAAGCAUCCUACUCGCUUGGCAACAAUCAUUGCUGGUGAUUUCAAUUCCGAACCCGAAUCUGGUGUAUAUGAGUUCUUAUCCAAGGGCACUGUCAAGCAAGAUCAUGAUGACUUUGGAGAUUACUUGUAUGGAGAUUACACAACGGAUGGUUUAUCACAUCCUCUCGCUCUCAAGAGUUCAUAUGCAUCCAUUGGAGAAUUACCAUUCACCAACUACACUCCCGGUUUCAAGGGCGUUCUCGAUUACAUUUGGUACACUAGCAAUACGCUUGACGUAUUGUCAUUGCUGGGCCCUAUCGAUCAAGAUUAUUUGAACAAGGUGGUUGGAUUCCCCAACCCACAUUUCCCAUCCGAUCAUAUUCCCAUUUUGGUGGAACUCAAGUUGAAGCCUUCUCGCAAAUAG